GCACUAAUUAAUUAGCUUCGUAUCUAACAUUGAGAGUAAAGGGGGGAUUUUAACCUGGCUACACAUAAAUGCCAGGUUAAGCAAAUGAAAUGUUCCCUAGAUGCGUGUGGGGUUUUUUGUUUGUUUGUUUGGUUGUUUGUUUGUUUGUUUAAAGAUAUUACAUAUAAAUCGUCUAAGUAUCGUCUCUAAACUGAAUGUACUGAGGUAAAAAUGUCGUUAAAGCCAAAGUGGAUUCAAACGGUAACGGUUUUAACGGUUCAGAUGGGUCGUGUAUAAGGUACUAGCAGCUAGUGUGCUAAAAUUUAGAUUGGAAACAAGCCAAUUUGGAACACAGCACAUUAUGUGAGCCUUUUCAUAAAUAAGAAAUGUUAAAGCUGUCAAACAGUGGUGCUGUUCGAAUAACUAACAUAGUCCCAACUCAAAAAAAUAAAUAGAAAAGGCAUUGAAUUCCACACACUUGGCAACCCGCCGAAGCAACGGAUGCCGCGGUGGGUCAAAAAGACCUCGCUGACGUGAGCGGAAGAGUUUUUGCACGCUUCCGCAUAUUUGCAGAUCCGGUGCCAGGUGAUAUUUUAUAGGAGUUUAAUCGGUGUUUGUGCGUCCGUGUGGCCGAGCACCGGGACAGGAUGGACGACGACUUGCUGCUGCUGCAUUUCGCCAAUUUUAGCACGUUAUUCGUGUGCAUGGUGCUGAAACUGCCCCAGAUUGUGGUGCUGAUGAGGGCGAAGACGACCACCGGAGUGAGUCUGAACAGCCUGCUGCUCGAGCUUACCGGGUUUAUAGUGUUCGUCUCCUAUCAGAUGUACUACGAUUAUCCUCCUCCUACGUACCUGGAGUAUCCCAUCCUCAUCGCACAAGAUGUGAUCCUGCUGAUUCUCAUCCUGCACUAUAAUAGAAACAUGAAGCACAGUCUCAUCUAUGCAGCUGUGUUUGUAGGCGGAUGGAAACUGCUCACCGUGGAGAAAUGGAUCAUCGACAUGGCCAUGAGUGUGUGUACGCUCAUCAGUGCGGGCAGUAAACUCCUGCAGCUUCAGUGUCUGUGGAGAUCCAAAGACUCGGCGCAGGUCAGCACUUUAACCUGGGCGUUAGCGUCGUACACGUGUCUGGCGAGGAUCUUCACUACAAUGGUGACUACUGGAGACACGCAGGUUCUGAUCCGCUUCGUGGCCAUGACCGUUCUGAACAUGUGGGUGACGGCCACGGUGAUCUACUACAAACCCAGCGCCAAGAAACGUGACUGAGAGCCUGAGUGAUUCCGACAUCACUUCCUGUCACACAGGAACAUCGUUCGCUUGGGUUUGAAGUUAGAACGUGCGAGUGUGAGUGUGAGCGAGUGAUUGAAAUAUAUGCAGCGUACCAAGGACCAACACUCUUAACUGAACCACGCACAGGGUGGAGCUGAUUGGUUAGUUCCGUGCCUGUUAAUAGUUUCUUUUUUUUUUAAAUGCUAUAUGGAUAAUAUUUUAUACAGUUACUGAUCACCUUUAACGCUUCUUGACUCAGGGUUCCGGUUUAUUCUCUCUCUUCACUUUAGUAUUGCCUUACAGCGGUGUUUGGACGAAUGACACCCAGUAACACAUCAUUAUGAGCGGAUUAACGCUUCUCUAGCAGUGGCGUUUAAAGACGUGUAAUAAAUACCUAGGAAAUAUGAGUAUUAAUGGUCUCUAAUGUGUCACCACACACUUCUGAAACAUUCCCAUUAGACCUUUGGGACCUUUCCUCAAAAUUUUUUUAGGAAUUUCUUUCAUUUUUAACACUUCUGUUAAUGUUUACUAGCCUUGUAUUGGAAGCAGAAGGAGUAGAGUUGACGUUUUUUUAAAAGUAUCUGGAUCAAAUUUCUAUAAAUACACAGUGUUUACAUUUACAGUGGAAGGAUGUGCACAAUACAAUUAUUAAUUAAAAAAAAAUCUUUCAUAUGCAAGUGUUAUGUAUGUACUGUACUGAAAUGAGCUUUGUUUUCCAGACAGGGUCUUUAUAAAUAAACAAAUUAUUAUAUACGAAGAAGGAGUGGGUCAUUAAUUCAGUGUUUAUUCCUGCCCUUUCUCUUCG